UCACUUUACCAUCAUCAAAAUUUCUCAAAUUCCCUCUAAUUCCAUACACAAAGCUUCUCAAAAAUGUCAGGCCGUGGAAAGGGAGGCAAGGGAUUAGGAAAGGGUGGAGCAAAACGUCACCGUAAGGUGCUUCGGGACAACAUUCAGGGAAUCACCAAGCCUGCGAUUAGGAGACUGGCGAGAAGAGGCGGAGUGAAGAGAAUCAGUGGGUUAAUUUAUGAAGAAACAAGAGGGGUUCUUAAGAUCUUCUUGGAGAAUGUGAUUCGUGAUGCUGUGACUUAUACUGAACAUGCUAGGAGAAAGACUGUUACUGCUAUGGAUGUUGUUUAUGCUUUGAAGAGACAGGGAAGGACUCUCUAUGGGUUUGGUGGUUAAGUCUUUAAGAUUUGGAUUAUUGGGUAUCUUUUUAGUUUGUUUAUGUAAUUUACUAUGUUUCUGAAUCUAUGAAAUAUCUUAUUUCAGUUUCGAUUUUCGCUCA